UUUCGGAAGUUCUGUUGCGGAAGAUGGCGGCGGCCGCGAGCACCCUUCUCUUCUUGCCGCCGGGGACUUCAGACUGAGCCUUCCCGGGAAGAGUGGGGACUGCAGGCGCCCUGCGUCCCGGGAGCCCGAACCAACUUGGUUCCUCUGUUAGUGGUGAGGAGGGGCAUAUCCUCUUGUGUAGGACUCAGGCCCUUCCCGCUGUCAGGAUGAAGGCUCAGGGGGAAACCGAGGAGUCGGAAAAGCUGAGUAAGAUGAGUUCUCUCUUGGAACGGCUCCAUGCAAAAUUUAACCAAAAUAGACCUUGGAGUGAAACCAUUAAGCUUGUGCGUCAAGUCAUGGAGAAGAGGGUUGUGAUGAGUUCUGGAGGGCACCAACAUUUGGUCAGCUGCUUGGAGACGCUGCAGAAAGCUCUCAAAGUAACAUCUUUACCAGCAAUGACUGACCGUUUGGAGUCUAUAGCAAGACAGAAUGGACUGGGCUCUCAUCUCAGUGCCAGUGGCACUGAAUGUUACAUCACGUCAGAUAUGUUCUAUGUGGAAGUGCAGUUAGAUCCUGCAGGACAGCUUUGUGAUGUAAAAGUGGCUCACCAUGGGGAGAAUCCUGUGAGCUGUCCAGAGCUUGUACAGCAGCUAAGGGAAAAAAAUUUUGAUGAAUUUUCUAAGCACCUUAAGGGUCUUGUUAAUCUUUAUAACCUUCCAGGGGACAACAAACUAAAGACUAAAAUGUACUUGGCUCUCCAAUCCUUAGAACAGGAUCUAUCUAAAAUGGCAGUUAUGUAUUGGAAAGCAACCAAUGCUGGUCCCUUGGAUAAGAUUCUUCAUGGAAGUGUUGGCUAUCUCACUCCAAGAAGUGGGGGUCAUUUGAUGAACUUGAAGUAUUAUGCUUCUCCUUCUGACCUGCUGGAUGAUAAGACUACAUCCCCUAUCAUUUUGCAUGAGAAUAAUGUUCCUCGAUCUUUGGGCAUGAAUGCAUCAGUGACAAUCGAAGGAACAUCUGCUAUGUAUAAACUCCCAAUUGCACCAUUAAUUAUGGGGUCACAUCCAGUUGACAACAAAUGGACUCCCUCCUUCUCCUCAAUCACCAGUGCCAACAGUGUUGAUCUUCCUGCCUGUUUCUUCUUGAAAUUUCCCCAGCCAAUCCCAGUAUCUAGAGCAUUUGUUCAGAAACUUCAGAACUGCACAGGAAUUCCAUUGUUUGAAACCCAACCAACUUAUGUACCCCUUUAUGAACUGAUCACUCAAUUUGAGCUGUCAAAGGACCCUGACCCUAUACCUUUGAAUCACAACAUGCGAUUUUAUGCUGCUCUUCCAGGUCAGCAGCAUUGCUAUUUCCUCAACAAAGAUGCUCCUCUUCCAGAUGGUAGAAGUCUACAGGGAACCCUUGUUAGCAAAAUCACCUUUCAGCACCCUGGCCGGGUUCCUCUUAUCCUGAAUCUGAUCAGACACCAAGUGGCCUAUAACACCCUAAUUGGAAGCUGUGUCAAAAGAACUAUUCUGAAAGAAGAUUCUCCUGGGCUACUCCAAUUUGAAGUGUGUCCCCUCUCAGAAUCCCGUUUCAGCGUAUCUUUUCAGCACCCUGUGAAUGACUCCCUGGUGUGUGUGGUAAUGGAUGUGCAGGACUCAACACAUGUGAGCUGUAAACUCUACAAGGGGCUGUCAGAUGCACUCAUCUGCACAGAUGACUUCAUUGCCAAAGUUGUUCAAAGAUGUAUGUCCAUCCCUGUGACGAUGAGGGCUAUUCGGAGGAAAGCUGAAACCAUUCAGGCCGACACUCCAGCACUGUCCCUCAUUGCAGAGACAGUUGAAGACAUGGUGAAAAAGAACCUGCCCCCGGCUAGCAGCCCAGGGUAUGGCAUGACCACAGGCAACAACCCAAUGAGUGGUACCACUACACCAACCAACACCUUUCCGGGGGGUCCCAUUACCACCUUGUUUAAUAUGAGCAUGAGCAUCAAAGAUCGGCAUGAGUCGGUGGGCCAUGGGGAGGACUUCAGCAAGGUAUCUCAGAACCCAAUUCUUACCAGUUUGUUGCAAAUCACAGGGAACGGGGGGUCUACCAUUGGCUCGAGUCCGACCCCUCCUCAUCACACGCCGCCACCUGUCUCUUCGAUGGCCGGCAACACCAAGAACCACCCGAUGCUCAUGAACCUUCUUAAAGAUAAUCCUGCCCAGGAUUUCUCAACCCUUUAUGGAAGCAGCCCUUUAGAAAGGCAGAACUCCUCUUCCGGCUCACCCCGGAUGGAAAUGUGCUCGGGAAGCAACAAGGCAAAGAAGAAGAAGUCAUCAAGAUUACCACCUGACAAACCCAAGCACCAGACUGAAGAUGACUUUCAGAGGGAGCUAUUUUCAAUGGAUGUUGACUCACAGAACCCUAUCUUUGAUGUCAACAUGACAGCUGACACGCUGGAUACGCCACACAUCACUCCAGCUCCAAGCCAGUGUAGCACUCCCCCAACAACUUACCCACAACCAGUACCUCAUCCCCAAUCCAGUAUUCAAAGGAUGGUCCGACUAUCCAGUUCAGACAGCAUUGGCCCGGAUGUAACUGAUAUCCUUUCAGACAUUGCAGAAGAAGCUUCUAAGCUUCCCAGCACUAGUGACGAUUGUCCACCCAUUGGCACCCCUGUUCGAGAUUCUUCAAGCUCUGGGCAUUCUCAGAGUGCCCUCUUUGACCCUGAUGUCUUUCAAGCCAAUAAUAAUGAAAAUCCAUACACUGAUCCAGCUGACCUUAUUGCAGAUGCUGCUGGAAGCCCCAGUAGUGACUCUCCUACCAAUCAUUUUUUUCCUGAUGGAGUAGAUUUCAAUCCUGAUUUGUUGAACAGCCAGAGCCAAAGUGGUUUUGGAGAAGAAUAUUUUGAUGAAAGCAGCCAAAGUGGAGAUAAUGAUGAUUUCAAAGGAUUUACAUCUCAGGCACUAAAUACUUUGGGGGUGCCAAUGCUUGGAGGUGAUAAUGGGGAGACUAAGUUUAAAGGCAAUAGCCAAGCUGACACAGUUGAUUUCAGUAUAAUAGCAGUGGCUGGUAAGGCUUUGGGUCCUACAGAUCUUAUGGAGCAUCACAGUGGUAGCCAGAGUCCUUUAUUGACCACUGGGGACUUAGGGAAAGAAAAGACUCAAAAGAGAGUAAAGGAAGGCAAUGGCACCAGUAACAGUAGUCUAUCAGGGCCAGGAUUAGACAGCAAACCAGGGAAGCGCAGUCGAACCCCUUCUAAUGAUGGCAAAAGCAAAGAUAAGCCUCCAAAACGGAAGAAGGCAGACACUGAGGGGAAGUCUCCAUCUCACAGUUGUUCUAACCGACCUUUCACCCCACCUACUAGUACAGGUGGAUCCAAAUCUCCAGGCAGUUCAGGAAGAUCUCAGACUCCCCCAGGUGUUGCCACACCACCCAUUCCCAAAAUCACUAUUCAGAUUCCUAAGGGAACCGUGAUGGUGGGCAAGCCCUCCUCUCACAGUCAGUAUACCAGCAGUGGUUCUGUGUCUUCCUCAGGAAGUAAAAGCCACCAUAGCCAUUCUUCCUCGUCUUCUGCUUCCAACUCAGGCAAGAUGAAAAGCAGUAAAUCAGAAGGUUCAUCAAGUUCCAAGUUAAGUAGCAGUAUAUAUUCUAGCCAGGGGUCUUCGGGAUCUAGCCAGUCCAAAAAUUCAUCCCAGUCUGGGGGGAAGCCUGGCUCCUCUCCUAUUACCAAGCAUGGACUGAGCAGUGGCUCCAGCAGCACCAAGAUGAAACCUCAAGGGAAGCCAUCAUCACUUAUGAAUCCUUCUUUGAGUAAACCAAACAUAUCCCCUUCCCAUUCAAGGCCACCUGGAGGCUCUGAUAAGCUUGCCUCUCCAAUGAAGCCUGUUCCUGGGACUCCCCCAUCCUCUAAAGCCAAGUCUCCUAUCAGUUCAGGUUCUGGUGGUUCUCACAUGUCUGGAACUAGUUCAAGCACUGGCAUGAAGUCAUCUUCAGGGUUAGGAUCUUCAGGCUCAUUGUCUCAGAAAACUCCCCCAUCAUCUAACUCUUGUACAGCAUCUUCCUCUUCCUUUUCCUCAAGUGGCUCUUCCAUGUCAUCCUCUCAGAACCAGCAUGGGAGUUCCAAAGGGAAAUCUCCCAGCAGAAAUAAGAAGCCGUCCUUAACAGCUGUCAUAGAUAAACUGAAGCAUGGGGUUGUCACCAGUGGCCCUGGGGGUGAAGACCCAAUGGACGGCCAGGUGGGGGUGAGCACAAAUUCUUCUAGCCAUCCUGUGUCCUCCAAACAUAACAUGUCAGGAGGAGAGUUCCAGGGCAAGCGUGAGAAAAGUGAUAAAGACAAAUCAAAGGUUUCCACCUUGGGGGGCUCGGUGGAUUCAUCUAAGAAGACCUCAGAGUCAAAAAAUGUGGGGAGCACGGGUGUGGCAAAAAUUAUCAUCAGCAAGCAUGAUGGGGGAUCCCCCAGCAUUAAAGCCAAAGUGACUUUGCAGAAACCUGGGGAAAGUAGUGGAGAAGGGCUGAGGCCUCAGAUGGCCUCCUCCAAAAACUAUGGCUCUCCACUCAUCAGUGGUUCCACUCCAAAGCAUGAGCGUGGCUCUCCCAGUCAUAGUAAGUCACCAGCAUAUACCCCCCAGAAUCUGGACAGUGAGAGUGAGUCAGGCUCCUCCAUAGCAGAGAAGUCUUAUCAGAACAGUCCCAGCUCAGAUGAUGGCAUCCGACCUCUUCCAGAGUACAGCACAGAGAAGCAUAAGAAGCACAAAAAAGAAAAGAAGAAAGUAAAAGACAAAGAUAGGGACCGGGACCGGGACAAAGACCGAGACAAGAAAAAAUCUCAUAGCAUCAAGCCAGAGAGUUGGUCUAAAUCACCCAUCUCUUCAGACCAGUCCUUGUCUAUGACAAGUAACACAAUCUUAUCUACAGACAGGCCCUCAAGGCUUAGCCCUGACUUUAUGAUUGGGGAGGAAGAUGACGAUCUUAUGGAUGUGGCCCUGAUUGGCAACUAGGAACCUUACUUUUUAAAGCAAAAACCAUGGCCAGAGAAAAACUAAGUGUAUAGGCAAAUCACCAUAAGGAGUGAGACAGGUCUGAUUUUGUGUUUUAAGAAUCUUAAAUGGCAUGGCUUUGACACCAAGUGGGGUGAAUUUAGAAAGGCAUAGCCAGACCCUACUAAAGAGACCAUAGGGUUUGAUUCUGGUUACCACGAAUCACUUGUUCCUUUGCCAGAAAAAAAAAAAAAAAAGUUAAAAUACUUGCUUAUGAAAGG